AUGGUGCUCACCAUUUUGGGGAGCGUGCUUUUGUUUCAUUUCACUGCUGCUGUGGCUUCAGAACCGCAAUAUGUCCUGUGGAUCUCUUCUGUGAUGCAAAGUCAUUCCGUGGAAAAAGCCUGUGUCCACCUUUUAAACCUUAAUGAAUCUGUGUCCUUGAGUGUUGUCUUAGAAUGUGAUGGAGUCAAUACCACUAUCUUCGACCAGUCUGUGGAGGAAAAUAAUUUCUAUGCUUGUGCCAGUUUCAAGGUCUCUGAGAAAUCCUCUGAGCAAUUAGCUUUCGUCACAUUGCUGGCGAAGGGGAAUACGCUCCACCUCUUUGAGAGAAGAUCUGUAGCUAUCACUUCUGAAGAGACUGUGACCUUUGUGCAGACAGAUAAACCUCUCUAUAAGCCUGCGGAGAAGGGUGAGUCCAUUUUCAUGACCCGGGAUUCCCAGAAUUGUCAACGUCUAGCAACAGGUUUAUGUACUACAAUAGGAGAGCGAAUAAAACUCUAUGUUCAUAUUCGGGUUGUGACAUUGGAUAUUAAAUUCAAGCCUGUUGCAGAAGAGUAUCCUUUAAUCACACUUCAGAAUCCUCAAAGAAAUAGGAUCUUCCAAUGGCAAAAUGUGACUUCCUUCCAAAAUAUUACCCAGCUUUUAUUCCAGUUGAUUUCAGAACCAAUGCUUGGAAAAUACUUAAUUACUGUGGAAAAAAAAUCAGGAAAGACAGUGACACACCCCUUUACUGUUGAGAAAUAUGUUUUGCCCAAGUUUGAAGUUAAGGUCAACGCACCCAAAACACUGACUAUUUCUGAUAACGAAUUCCAAGUGGCUGUAUGUGCUAAGUAUACCUAUGGACCACCUGUGCCAGGAAAAGUUCAAAUUCAAGUCUGCAGGCAGUUUUAUUCCAGGGGAAACUGUGACGAAAAUGAUAAUAAAAUUUGUGAGCAGUUCAUUGCACAGUUGAUAAAUGGGUGUGCUUCUCAAAUGGUAAAUACAAAAGUUUUCCAACUCUACCAAUAUGGAUUUUUUAUGUCAUUUUAUAUCAAGGCAGCUGUUACGGAAUUUGGAACAGGUGUGCAGAUCAAUGAGAAGACUUCUAUUUCUAUCACGCAGUUACUUGGGACUGUGAGCUUUGAGAAUACAGACCUUUACUAUAGAAGAGGAAUUACUUUUUCUGGAACUCUUAAAUUUUCUGAUCCCAAUAAUGUACCUAUGGUGAGCAAGUUAUUACAAUUGGAGCUGAAUGAAAAAUUUAUUGGAAAUUACACCACGGAUGAGAAUGGUGAAGCUCAGUUUUCCAUGGACACUUCAGACAUGUUUGAGCCACAAUACAGACUGAGAGCCACAUAUAUUCGACCUAGUAAGUGCUACGGUUCCAACUGGUUGACACCUGACUAUGGAGAUGCUUAUUGGUCAGUCUCACGAUUUUACUCCAGGACCGACAGCUUCCUGAAGAUCAUCCCAGAGCCAAAGCCACUUAAGUGCAAUCAACAGAAGACUGUUAAUGUGCAUUAUUCCCUCAACAGCAAAGCAUAUCCUGAUAAUUCAAAUAUAAAGUUCUUCUAUUUGGUGAUGGUAAGAGGAACCAUCCUCUUCAGUGGACAGAAGGAAAUCAGGAACAAUAGUAUGUACAAGACAUUCACUUUACAGCUGGUGUUAUUGAAGUGUGCCCAGUCAUCCAGGAAAUUGGUGUCAUCAUAUCAGUUGAUGGCCUUUCUUAUUUACACAGUCUGGAAUGGAAAAUUCUCAUUCCCUGUCAACAUCAAUGCUGAUCUGGCUCCCGUGGCCAUUGUGUUUGUGUACACCCUGCACCCGAGUGGGGAGAUUGUGGCCGACAGUGUCAAAUUCCAGGUGGACAAGUGCUUUAAAAACAAGGUUAGCAUAAAUUUGUCUACGGAACAGGGGACACCGGGCUCCUCUGUUCAUCUCUACCUUCGAGCAGCCCCCGACUCGCUCUGUGCUUUGCGGGCUGUGGAUAAAAGUGUUCUUCUACUGAACUCGGAAGAGCAGCUGUCAGCAGAAAGUGUGUACAAUCUGCUUCCAUACGUGGAACUAUCUGGUUAUUUCUAUCACGGUCUCAACCUGCAGGAUGCACAGCUUGACCCUUGCAUUCCUGAGAAGGAUAUGUUUUACAAUGGUCUCUAUUAUAAACCUGUCAGCAGUUAUGGAGAUGGCGAUAUCUACAACAUUCUCUGGGGUAUGGGUCUGAAAGUCUUUACCAACCUCCACCACCGGAAGCCAGAAAUAUGUCCUACUGAGUCAAAGCAGCCAUUUCCUGAGCAGCCUAUCGGACUACUGGGAUUUGCCCGUAUGCCUAGCGGUUCAUCUAAAUUGGCAUGUGGGGGAGACAACGUAGAUUCUGGAUAUGCAGAAGACCUGGUAAUAGAAACAGUAAGAAAAAACUUCCCAGAAACAUGGAUAUGGGACCUCGUCAGCGUCAACUCCUCUGGUUCAGCAAAUAUUUCAAACCGCAUUCCUGAUACGAUAACCAAAUGGGAGACAAAUGGCUUCUGUGUGAAUGGUGAUGUUGGAUUUGGCAUUUCAUCAGCAGUGAAUCUGCGAACUUUUCAGAAUUUCUUUGUUGAUAUUACUUUACCCAUUUCAAUGAUUCAAAAAGAACAAUUUGAUGUGAUCGCCAGUGUCUUUAACUACCAGAAUACAUGUGCAGAGGUCUCUGUUCAACUAGAAGGAUCUGAGAAUUAUGAGACACGUAGUAAUGCCCUGCCAAGCAAUGGGAGUGAGAUCAUCCACCCUGGGGAGAAGAAAGCGUAUGUCUGGACGAUCAUACCUAAGACAUUGGGUAAAGUGACUAUCACUGCAGUUGCUGAAUCUAAACAAAGUCAUGCUUGCCCAAAUCAAGCAACUAAGCAGCAAAAUGUAAGAUGGAAAGACACAGUAGUCAAAAGUUUACUGGUUGAGCCUGAAGGUAUUGAAAAAGAAAUUACUCGGAGCUUUCUGAUAUGUACAAAAGGUACCAAAACCACCAGACGGAUAGUUCUGAACUUACCUAACAAUGCAGUAAAAGGAUCGGCCAAGGCCUUCUUUACUGUUGUGGGAGACAUCCUCGGCCAUGCAAUGCAGAAUCUAGAGAAUCUCCUCCACGUGCCCUCUGGAUACGGAGAGCAGAACAUUGCCGUGCUAGCGUCGGACACCUAUGUCCUGGACUAUCUGAAUUCCACCCAGCAGCUGACUGAGGAUGUGAAGUCUAAAGCGGUCUCUUUCUUAUCUAGUGGUUAUCAAAAGCAGUUGUCGUUUAGGAACUUUGAUGGCUCAUAUAGUGUGUUUUGGCAGAAGGAUCGGCAAGGAAACAUAUGGCUCACUGCCCUUACUUUUAAGACAUUGGAGAGAAUAAAGAAAUAUGCUUACAUUGAUGAACAAGUUCAAAAGCAAACCUUGAUCUGGUUGUCAAGCAAACAAGACCGUAACGGCUGCUUUAAAAGUGAUGGCAAAUCUUUCAACAAUGCCUGGGAGGGUGGAGAUGACGCUGAUGUUUCACUCACUGCCUAUGUUGUUGGAGCUCUUCUUGAAGCCGGACUCGAUGCCACUUUUCCAGUUCUACGAAACGGGCUGUUUUGCCUCGAGGAGGCAUUGAAAAGUGGUGUCACUAACGAGUAUACGCGGGCAAUUCUAGCUUAUGCAUUUGCCUUAGCUGGAAAAAAGGAGCAGGUGGAAUCUUUACUCCAGAUCCUGGAUCAAUCAGCCACCAAAAAAGAUAAUAUGAUACAUUGGGAAACAGCAAAGAAGACAAAACAUUCCCCCUUCUUCCUUCCUCUGACACCUUCUCCUGGGAAUGAGAAGACUUGCUAUGUGCUAUUGGCUGUCAUUUCCCAAAAAACUCCUGACCUCACCUAUGCCAGUAAGAUUUUGCAGUGCCUUGUCCAGAAGAUGAAUCCCUAUGGAGGUUUCUCCUCCACCCAGGACACUGCAGUCUGUCUUUUCGCCUUAACCCAAUACAUGAAGCUCACCUUCUCUAAUGAUCAAAAAAACACUGUCACCUUUAGAAGUAAAGACGCUAAUAAGAUUUUCCAGGUCAACAAGGCCAACCACUUGGUGGUUCAACGUUCAGAACUAAAAAAAGCAACUGGACAAUACACAAUAGCUGUGGAAGGACAAGGUUGUGCAUUUAUCCAGGCUACCCUGAAAUAUAAUGUGCCAGUACCUACAAACGCGUUUGGAUUUUCGCUCGCCGUGGAAAUGGCGAAGAAACACUCUUCAAGCCAAUUUCAGGCGAUUUAUAACUUGACCGUGACUUUCAACUACACUGGCAUUCGCAAUAACUCCAAUAUGGUCAUUGUUGAUAUAAAAAUGCUAUCAGGAUUUACUCCAGUCUUACCAACCCUUGAAGAGCUGGAAAGCAGUGGUCAAGUGACGAAGGCUGAAGUCCAAAAUGGCCAUGCUCUUUUGUAUAUGGAUAAUGUUUUGGGUACAGCAAAGAUUUUCACUUUCUCUGUUGAACAAAGCAACCGUGUGUCCCGCAUACAGCCAGCUUCAGCCAUGGUCUAUGAUUAUAAUGAAAAAGAUGAAUAUGCUCUUAUUUCUUACAACAUCCCUAGUACUUCCAUUUCCCAGUAA